AUGGAUCAAAACGACUUUCACAACUUUCCGACGCUACCCCAGCUGCUCGCCGGCGGCGACCCAUACUCCGCCGCCGACGGCGAGGCUCACCUCGACAGACUCUGUGCCGGCCUCAGCUUCCGCACUCUGCUCUCCUACGGCUCCUCUUCCUCCGAUCCCGCGGUGGAGGCCCGGGAUCCGCCGCUCAAGCGGCCAAAGAUCGGACCGGCGUACAAUUUCUUCUGCGACACGACGCAGCCCCCAUUUCCCAGCCAGCUGCCGAGCCUCCUGUCCCCUGAGCAGUCCCAGAAAAAAACCCCAAUUUCAAACCCUAGAUCCGAAACGGUGGCGUACAAGAAGCCGCGGUGCCGCCACCAAGAGCGGCUGAGCGAGAGGACGCGGCGCCUGCAGAAGCUCCUGCCGUGGGACGAGAAGAUGGACAUGGCGACGGUCCUCGAGGAGGCGCAUAAGUACAUCAGAUUCCUCCGGGCGCAGGUCCGCGCGCUUCGGUCGAUGCCCCGCGAGAGCGUCGCCGGAUCCGCCGAUUACGGCGCGGCGGCGGAGAGUGUUGCCGCCGGCGGGGAUCUGGGGAGGCUGAACCGGCAGCAGCUGCUCCGGGUGGUGCUGAGCUCGCCGUUGGCUCAGGCGCAGCUGUACUCCAACGGCUGCUGUGUGUACUCGUCGGAGCAAAUGGUGUGGCUGAGGAAGAAGGCCGAUAGGGAGGCUCAGCACCGUGAAAUGAUGUCGGGUUUGUCUGGUCAGCACCCUAAUUCCUUUCAUUGA